UAUUCAAAAUAAUUUAUUCAUUUUUCUCAGAUUAUACCAAAAAUUCCACAUCUGGCCAAGAGCUCACAUAAUUUAAUACAAAUUAUGCUUGGAGUGUCUACGUCAUUUAUAAGUUUUUUUUUUUUGCUUAGUUACUAGAAACAGUUUACGCUUUAUACGCUUAGUAGGUGACCAGUUCCAGUGAAUAAAUUUAGUGUGAGGUGUGUUUCUCACACAGAGUAUAGGAAAUUGGAAGAUGAUGCUUGGACUUAUGCUGAGCAGGUUUUUGAAUUUUGUCUUUGGAUUUAUGGUCAAAGCCAGGGCCUAUAAAAUGGAAACGCCUAUCGCCACCGCGCGCUAAUAGGUGUGCAGCGGUCGAGGCAGCAGCAUCUCUCUAUAAGAUCUUCAUACUAAAAGAGGUGCACAGCCAAAAGCCAACAAUAGUGGAUAUAAAAUAUAAUUACAACAAAAGAUGAGGAUGUGCAAAGUGCGGAUGCUGCAGCUGCUGUUGCUGUUCGCCUGCUUAAGUGCUGUCUCAUUGCAAACGCUGCAAUUAUUUCCCAAGCUCACGAAAGUCAGCAACUUCGAUGACUUUCUACGGCAAACGGGAAAGAUCUACUUAGACGAAAAUGAGCUCGAGUUCCGCAAGAGCAUAUUUAUCAAAACGAAGACAGUUGUGGAUCUAUCCAACAUUUAUGUCACCAGCUAUACUCUCACCAUCAACGUGUUCUCCGAUAUGACAACGAAGGAAACAAACCCACUGCUUGGCUCUAAGCGCACAGCUAUUGGCGAAGAAUUAAUUUCGACCCACAUUAGCUUCUUGCCCGCCCGAAAGCCACUGGAGUCUCUGCCGGAAUCUUUUGAUUGGCGUGAGAAGGGAGGCGUUACUCCGCCCGGCUCACAGGGGCCGUGCGGUUCGUGCUGGGCGUUUGCGACGAUAAGUGCACUCGAGGGUCACCUGUUCCGGCGAACGGGUGUGCUCGUGCCGCUGUCGCAGCAGAAUCUGGUGGAUUGCGCCGACGCCUAUGGUACUGAAGGCUGCGACGGCGGCUUUCAGGAGUACGGCUUCGAGUAUAUACGAGAUCACGGAGUUACGCUGGCCAAUAAGUAUCCGUACGAGCAGUCCGAAAAUAUGGUUUGCCGGCAGAAUCAGACGGCUGGUGCACCUCCACGUGACAGCAUUGUCAAGGUGCGCGACUAUGCAAGCAUCCCGCCAGGCGAUCAGGAUUUAAUGAAGCAAAUUAUUGCCACGCUGGGUCCACUGGCCUGUUCCAUGAACGGAUCUCCCGUAUCCUUCCAGCAAUACAAGUCCGGCAUUUACGAUGACCCGGAGUGCAACAAUGAGGAGGUCAAUCACUCCGUCACUGUUGUUGGCUACGGCAGCGAAAACGGACGUGACUAUUGGAUUGUCAAGAACUCAUAUUCGCAGAACUGGGGCGAGGCUGGAUUCUUCCGACUAGCGCGCACUCCCAGCAAUUUCUGUGGCAUUGCCAGCGAGUGCAGCUACCCCAUACUGUAGAUACAUAUACAUAUAUACAUACAUCCCAGCUCCCCUUCUCGCUCUCCUAGCUUCACCAUUUUUUAAGUAUUUGCCUUUCAUUUGUCUAUUGUUU